ACCGGUUGUUUGGUAGAUGAGGAAAUAAAACAUCCGAAUAUUGACACCUACUGUAUACUAAUAUAGCAUUUUUAAACCUUAAAAGUUAACACAAUGAGUUUCAAAGAAACUAAAGACAAAAUUGAAUAUGGAGACACUGUCAUCUUGCAUAUUGGAUAUAACAAUAUGAUUCCAUUAAUCAUUAAAAAAGGGGAAACACAUCAGACAAAGUUUGGUGCCGUUAAACACGAUGCAAUGGUUGGAAUGACUUAUGGAACCCGAGUGCAAUGCCCGAAAGGAUGGAUCUGUACAUUGCACCCCACACCAGAGUUAUGGACUCUAUGUCUUCCUCACAGAACGCAAAUUUUAUAUUCAACAGAUAUUAGUAUGAUAAUAUAUCAAUUGGAUUUAAAACCAGGAUCUGUUGUUGCCGAAGCAGGUAGGCUUAUCACACAAAAUUAAAGCAGUCACUAACUAAUUAAAUGAUGAUUAAAUAAUAAUGUAUUCAUUUUAUCAAUCAAAAUUAUCAUGUGGCCCCAUCAUGUAUUAUGGCUAUGAUGACGCGGUAACAGUGCAGUUCAGGCAUGUAGUAAGUAGGGAUAACAAUACUUGUCCACGCACCGUUCGGCGCAUGUCCUAAAAUGUCGAAAAAACGUGUUCUGCAAUAUGGCGUACAGCAACACGGUAUCAUCGGAAAAUUGCAGACUACGUCACCUUUGUUUAUUAAAUAAUUGCUUUCCUCAUCACUGACGUAUCAGUUUUUGUGUUCCGGUCAUAUAUUGAUUUAUGCUACGAUAUUUUUUUUGCAUCACGGGCAGUAUUAUUAUGAUGACUCGGUUAGUAUAUAAAUCGCAUAAAUACUUUUUUACUAGUAAAGCCACCAAAAUAAGGUUUAGUGCUCCCUAAUCUACAUUCAUUGUAAGAGUUUUUUCAUUUUUUGAGUUAUUAUCGUUGAGGUCUCGAUAAAAAGUUAUGCAACCCGCGAAUAAGUGGGGGGUAUGAAAUUAUCAUUAUUUUUUUUAUUUUGACCGAGAAGCCGGAAAUGGCUGCUAUCACUGUUAUUCGUUAAUGUUAAAUCCUUAAACAUCUAAAUAAUUAUAAGACGCUUGAAAAGUUUAUGUAGUAACCAAGGGUUGCUUUUAAGUUUUAUUUAUUACGUUAAAAAUUGUGUAGGGUACCGGUACACAGUUUACCGCUCAUUCAUUAUUGAAUCAAUAUUUAAUAGUUUUACAUAGUUAUAUCGAUAAUAAUAAUCGUUUUUCUCUUAUUAAUUAUUUCAGAGAAUAUUACUAAAAUUAGGCCUACUUAUCAUUAUCAGUUAUAAUUAUAAUUAUAAACAACUGUUAUUAUAAUCCUAUUUAGGCCUAAGCUUAAUUUUUCUUACAAAUUCUAUUACAAGCCUAUAAGUUCUAUAUAUUUAAAUAUAACAGUUUUAUUAAAAUACAUCAAAUUAAUAAACAAGACUCAAACAACAUCAUCAUAGCAAUUAUAUUUUUAUUAGGACAUAGAAAAGCAGUACAUAGACAAUUAUUUAAUAUAUAAAAUAAUUUUUUUAAAUGAAUUAGUCUCAUCAUUAUCAUAUUAUCAUCAUGGAUGAUAUUUGAGUAAUUUUUAUCUAUAAUUAAAUGCUUUCAAUUUUAUAAAUAAAAAAGACUACUUACCUUUUAAUAAAUAUAAUAAUUGAUUUAAAAUUAACACAAGCAUAAUAAAAUUAGUUAAAAUUCAAUGAAUAAUAAUAAAUAUGGACAUAUGGUGGGUUUUUUGUUUUGUUUUUUCCUGUAUAAAUAUUGAUUUUCCCAAUUUUUCUGUUCACUUUUUUUCUGAACAUACCCACAAAUAAAUUUAUAAAAAAAUAAAAGUCUUAAUGUUAUAUAAAAGUUUUGUUGUUUAUUAUACUGUAUAUUGCAUUGAGAAUGUCUCCUGAAAAUUUGGUAACAUUAUCUUUUAAAAUCAAAAAGUUUUGGUUAAAAUAAGGCAGAAAUUUUGAAAGUGGGUCACAUGUUUUUUCAGUUUAAUACUAAGAUAAAGAAGGGGGUGUUUAAAAAUCACCAAAAAAAUCAUAACUCCACUUCUAUAAAAGAUAGAAAGAUGAAAUUGGUGUUGUUGUAAAGCUUAUAGCUGGCCCUUUAAAAUGAUGUAUCAUUCAUGGCAAUUUGACAAUAUUUAAAUUUUGUGUCAAAGUACCUAUAGUAAGUAUAGGCAUAUGUUGGCUAAUCCUAGUUACGAUUGCCACAACUUAUUUUCCAGGGAGUGACUUCCCUUUGUUAUAUUUUACUAAAUUAUUUUAGGGAUCAAUUUAGGGUUCAGGUUAGGCAUAGGGAUCGAUUUAGGGUUCAGGUGAGGCAUAGGGAUCGAUUUAGGGUUUCAAGUUAGGCCUAAAGACAAUCAGUGCACUAUAUAAAUGUACUUUAUUACAUGGACUAUAAUGUGAACAAAGAUACAUGAAAUCUACAUAUAAAGAAAUAAAACAAGUUAAACUAUGUUAAUCUCACAGUAAUAAGAUGAUACACAAUACUAUUAUAAGUCUAAGUUCCUGCAAUUAAAUUUAUGCUAACUCUUGAAUGGCCCUAAUCUAGUACUAAGCAAUUGCAACAGAAAAACUAGUCACACCUCGAUAUGCUCAUCAUUUGGCAUCCCCCUUUUAGGGUCGAUGUGCCAGUCUUAUAUACUCAUUUCGCGGUGCAUUGACUUUAAAGUAGGUCAUUGUCCGCUCAAUCAUUUUUGGUUGGGCCAUUGCUAGUACAAAGACGUUGUGCUUCCUGGCUGUGGAAAUCUGAACUAAAGAAAAGGGUCCAAGCAUGUAACAGCAUGUAUAUAUGUUUUUGUGCAUUCUUAAUUAAAUUAACUCUAGACAUAGACAUGUAACUAACGCUAAAUUGUACAUGAGCAUGGUUAAUUGUUAUUUGAUUAAGCAUCUUUGAUAUAUUAGCCACUGACAUAUUAGCCCAUGAAUGAUCUCUCCAUGUAAAUGUUGUGUUUUCCACCCACUCACUCAACUCACUGUUAUAUUCCAGAUUUUAUUACAUAUAAGUUGAUAUGCUAAAACUAAAUAAAAUUUUCAAACUGAAGACAUGUUCCAGACCUGUUUACUCUAACAAUUUGGCGUACAAUUUACGAUUUUGAGGUGUAUACAUUACAUAUAUUGUAUGUUUAUUUUUUACUAAGAUAAGGUAUUUGUGAUGAUAUUGUACGAUUUUAAGAGUUUGAGGGUAAACAGGUCUGAUGUUCACAAAAAUGAAGCGAGAAAUUUUUAUUAAAUUUAUAUUAAAUAUAGUAAAUCAUUGAUGUUUAACAAAGAUAAAACAAGUUAUUUUUAGGUCUAUUUCAUAAAUAUAUCAUAUCAAUGGAGGUGUUUCAAAUCCACUACUAUUUAAAUAUGAAUUAUGAAGUAUAUAGUUAUACAGCUACAAAGUCAAAUCUUGGCUUAUGUCCAUCAAGCCUAUAGUGUUGUCUUAGCCUGCUGAUAUUCAUAUAGCUUAUAUAAAGUAAAAUUAAAUUGGGGACCCCUGCCCUGAAGGAGUGGAUAUUAUGAGUUAAGUACCCUUCAGUAUUUAAAUAUUAAUAAUCAAGUGUAUGUGUAUCAAGUUUGUCUAAAUCCGUUCACCCAUGUAGGAGCCUUUGUUUGAAAUUAUAUUUAUUUAUUUCAUUUAAGAAAGACAAAUUUUUGGACCCCUGCCCAAAACGUAAUUUUUGUAAUACAAAUUAAAGUUCAGAACGCCUCAGUAUUUCAUUCUUUUCUCUGAACAUGCCUUUGGUUUGAAAAUUUCAUUUAGCAUAUUAUUGGUAAAAUAAUCUGGCAUAUAUAGGGUGGAAAACAUUGAGAGAUUACAUAGUACAGGGUAUGUACCAUCCAGGUUGUCAAAGACCCUUUAUGAAUCAAAUUAAAAUAAAAUUUAGCUAUGUAAAAUUUAGUGUUAACUAUUACUGCCUGGAGUUAAAUUAAUAAUAAAAAAAUACAUGCAAGUUUGCAUGCUAUAAUAUGAAAUCGGUUAAGAGAGAAUAUAUGCGCCUAAAAUGCACUUUACUGAUGAUGCUAGCUUAGGUCUAAUUUAAUAGGAAGUAUUAUAAUUACUUUGGGUAGUUAUUAAAUUAGUUCAAUGUGAUUUGAGUCAUAUGUAGUUUAUGAUUGAGAGAUGUUGUUUUGUCCAAAUCAGGCAGUACUAAGUAUACCUUAUUCAAGUCAAUAUUGUUAAAUGUUAAUUAGGGUGAUAAUUAUAUUACAUAAUUUAAUUUAUAGCUAAACUCACUAAACACUAAUUCACUAAAGCUCAACCAAACAGUCCCUAGUACUUACUAAGUUAUUAAGUACCGGUACUUCAUCAUACCAUACUUGCUCUUAUUCAAUUUUCUUUUUUAAAAUAGAUCAAUAAAAAAAAUUGUAUGCUUAGGCUACACAGUAUUUUAGAUUAUAUAUCAUAAUCACUUGAUAUUUUUUUUUUCUAUCUGAACCCUGUAAUUUCGCAAAUAAUCCUAGUAUGUUAUUGGGGGGGGGGGGGGGGUUUUUUUGCGAAAUUUUUUUUAAUUAAACUGAGAUUAUUUUGAGGUAGGUGGGGUGAGUUGUUUUGUGAAAAUUUACUUUUUAGCUGAAAGUAAUUAGGCCUACUAAUACUUGGUACACAUAGGCCUAUUUUUUACUUUAUAAAAAGUUGACUUAGUAAUGGUAGAGAAAACUUAAUAAUUCAUUGAAUAAGACUUUGACUAAGUCUUAGUUAACUCUCCAAGUGCGUUUUAUUGACUUUUCCUAUCACUCCUGAUCUGUGGCUAGCUAGUAGGAUGCGGGGGUUGCGGAUGGCACCGGGUGACACCAUCCCAAGGAGGUGACAUCAAUUGAAAAAUUGCAUAUUUACAGAGCACACACUGCUUGGUCUAUCAAAAUUUCAUAAAAGGAAAGCUGAAGCAUGUAAAUUUUACAAAGGUGUAACCAAUCCAAAAUGCAUGCUUUCUAUGCUUUCUUCAAAGUACAAGGUUGAAGCAUCAAAAAUGAUUCAACUCUGAUUGAAGUGUUAGGUAACUUUCAUAAGUGAUAGGAAGCUAUUUAUAUCUAAAUUCUGGGGAAACAUAGCUUUCCACUGAUACCAAAUACGCUGUGAUCGGGGGAUUCUAAGUACAUGAAUCGAAUCUGUACAAAUUAAAAACAUUAAAAAGAGACUUUUUACCCAUUUAUAGGGUUAACAAAAUAACAUUUUACAAAAUUUUCAAAUAUAUUUUGUAAUUAAUUUAAAUUAAAUUUUUUUUUUAAUUUGGGGAAAAAAAAGGUUUUGAAAUAAAAUAUAUAGAAACCCAAAAAUACUCAAAAAUUAAUAUUUUCACCAAUUUAUCACUGCCUCUUAACAUUAGAGCAUGAUCGUUAUACAACACACAGUAGUUUAUAUGCUGUAUGUGAUUUCACAUUUAUCUGCUUCCUUUACCUUUUGGAUGAUUGACUUGAGGAAGUUAGUCUUACACAGAAGUAUCUGCAGACUAAAGUCUUUACUCUUGAUAAAGUGGUGACCAACCUAGAAGUCUUAAGAUCGUUUUUGCUUGAGAAGUGCUGUCACUUAGUGGAACAUGCUAUUGAAAAGGAACUUUUAAAAUCAAACCACUAUGGUAUUUCAGUAGAGUGAAGAUGUUUAAGAAGAAAAUGGCAGGAGAACAAUUUAUAGAUGCUGGACUCUCUCUGCAAGAAGAAAACAGUAGGGAGAUGGUGGUGCGUACUAAUCACUUUCAUUCUGGACCCCAGAUCAGAUCAUCAGCAAUCAAGGAAUUAGGAGAUAUGCUUGGGGCUGUUCAACCCAAGAGUCUACUAUCAGCAAGUGAAGAAGAGUUAUUGGUUCCCGUUCCAAAAUUAACCUCUUUCUUUGAUGAGUUAUCAAAAGGUGAAAUUUAAAUGAAAUACCAAUGCUAAGAGGACACCUAAAUGCAGCUGAUAUAAAUUUUACAAAGUCCUGGAGUGGUCAGUAUUUGAUGUUUUGAGAUUCAUAACUGAAUGGGACUUCCUAGAAUCUCUUCCAAUGCCCUCACUAAGCCUUCAAUUGUUUCUUACGAUCUGUGGCUUCAUGCGAGCAGAGCUUUUCAAAACUAAGGCUUAUCAAGAACUAUUUCUUAUCCACCAUGGGACAGUCAAAGCUUUCAGAUCUUGCUCUGCUAUCAAUUGAAAGUGAUGCGGUGAAGUAUAUUGAUUUUUAUAAAGUGAUUGACAGGUUUGCAGCUUUGACCUGCAAAGGAAAAUUUUAAAUAAAGUCAAUUUGAUGCAAUGUUUUUCAUAUAAAUCCUUACCAAAUGUAAUAUUGAGCAAUGGCGGUUGGGGUUGAAAAUUGACAAAACAUGCAUACAAGUAACACACUUUAUAAGAAUCCCAUUUAGUGCUCCCCACUCAGGGCUCACAACUACAAACUAUUUUAAUGACCUACCCGCUUUUACAUCGCAGAUUUAUUUCACCAGAAAAACGAAAGAAAACAUACAUCAAACGAACUUGCUAUUUUAAAAGAAAAAAGAAUCUCAAUUAGCGCAGUUAUCGGUAAUUUUAUUUUGUCUUCCCUUUGAAAAGCAAGAAAGACUGACUUUUGGGGGGUGGGGCUGAAAAUUUGAAAGAAUGUGUUGUCAUCAGAAGCGAGUCUAUGGCCCAAGUUUCAGCUCCAUAGGUUGUCAGGAACUGAGUCAAUUAGCCGUUCAAUUAGCUGUCAGCCAGCUACCCAGCCAGUCACCCACGGACAAAAGCAAAGUUAAUGUAAAGGAUUUAAGAACUAAAACUUAAUGUUGUUACAGUUCUGAAAUACAUUUACCUUCUGACCUUUAGUUAAUUUUUGUUCUUCUCAUUAUUUACUGUGGACUUAUUUUAACAAGAAGAAAUAAUCCGGGGGGGGGGGGGGGGGGGGGNNNNGGGGGGGGGGGGGGGAGGGUGGGGAUGACACCAUGAGUUUACUGCAUCAUGAGUUAGUGAUAUCAAACCUAGCUGCGCCACUGCUCCUGAUCAAUGUAAUAUAAAAUUAUUUUUAUGCCCGCCUUUUUAUAUUCCAAAGUUAUUUUAACGUGAAUCUACAAUUUCAUGGACUAUUAAGUUAAAAACACAGGUUGUAAGCGUCAGUUUUUAGUUCGGGCAGGACAUGAGUCAUUUCUGCCAUCUAAACAAUGCUUUCAAACUUCACUGACGUAGUGAAGGCUAGACGCAUAAAAAUUAUACAACUGACGCUCAAAAUAUAUAUUCCUACUAUGUUGUUGAUUUUUAUUUCAAGUCAAGAAGAGAUACUAAUAAAAUAAAAUCAAGAAGACAGUAAUGACUAUGAUUCUUAUCAUUUAUGCCAGAAUUAAUGUUAGCUAUCAAAGGUAAGACUUUUUCACUGUACUAUAGUAAAUAGAUUACAGUAACAGUUAACUACAUAUAAUUUGAAAACAAUUGUUUAAGCUUACUUUUAUUAAUUUCUUGUUCAAUUUAUGUUUAUCAAGUAUAUCAAGUGUAUAUAUUUUUGUUCAUAGGGCAUAGUAGUUUGAAACUUCCUUUGUUUACACUGGAUAUGCUUAAAAAUUAUUUACAUUUUUCAGUUUUUCAAAUUAAUUUAAUCAAAAGAUGUAAACCUUUAUGUAAAGCUUGUAUUUUAUUAUCAUUUACAGUAUCAGAGGGUUGACUAAGAGUAUGACACCAGGCAAGUCAAUCAUGAUUGCAGUGCCAUUUCAACCUUCAGAGCUGAGCUACCAAAUGGAACCUGACUAAAACAAGACAAGAUAAAGAGUAACUUCACCUUCAUCCAUUGUCAACUUUAAUUUACAUCAACAAGGUUGGAGAUGCUUUGUAAAUGUGCAACCACUGCAGCUGAAAUGUUAGGGCAACAAAGCCAACUAGUUUUUAAAACUGGAUACUCCAAAUGAUCAACAAUGAUUUUUAACAUUCAUAGGACUACUAAUCUACUAGCCGCAAUUGUGUGAACUGUUACUGUUUUUAGGUUUUCCCCUACUUUGUUUCACUUAUUUCCAUGUGCCUUGUUGAUUGGAUUGUGACAAAAUUAAUGAAUAAAAGAUAUAUUUUGAAUAAAUACAAAUAAUGUGGACAAUAUGGUUCGUAGAAGUAGAGGAAAAAAAUAGUGACAGAAAGCCUUAUUCUUUCAUUUAAAUGAAAUUUUAGUGUUAGGGCUAAAAUUCUUAUUUAUUUUAAUCUGAGGAAAACAAACUGCAUGUCUUGAAUAAUUAAAAUGAUCUGAUAGCAUUAUUCUUUUUGGAUUCCUAAUAAUAGAAUUAAUCAGACAGUGGCAAAGUUUGUUGACAAUGUUUCUGCUGCAGCAAUAUGAUGAUUAUAACUUAGCAUCCUGUUAAAAAUGCAAUGGUUCCUUACAGACUUACAGUGAAGAAGUGAUGUGCAAAAUCUGUAUUUGAUGUAGAGAGAAAAUCUAGGACUUGUAUGAAUUUUCUGGAAAAAAGAAAUAGCCGUAUUUCAUAAUCUGUCAUUAUUGUUUAUUUUUAACUUAAUAUAAUGGUAAUAGUUUUCUCUCAUGAAACAAUGGCCUCAUUUUGUUUAAUUUUGUUUUAAUAUAAUAUAUAAAUGAGAAAAAAUAAUGAGUUUCACUAUUUUUAAAAUUUAUGAGAACAUUAUUAAAAAGUAGCAUAAUUAAUACAAAUGUUAUGUGUUGAAAAAAUGGAAACCUUUGAUGGAUUUAAUAAAGAUUUUAACUUGGGUCACAAUAAUUUUUUUUUUGUUGCUUCUACCUGUUUGUGUUGUAUGUUGACAUUUUUUUUAAAAUUUAGUAUUUAAAAAAAAGCACAAUCUUCUUGCCUGACAAAAAAACCAAAAUUAACUGCGAUCUGAUAAUUGGUAUCAAAUUAAAAAUAAUUCAAUUCUGAAUCAAAUGAUAUCUAUAAGAUGUUAUUACGGUACUGCUAUAGUCUUCAUUGAACAAUGAACCAGAUUGUAAAGGUACCUAAUGAUAGAGAAAAAAAUUGCAGAAAACCAAGGCUAUUUGAUUUUAAAGAAUCGAAAUUACAAAUCCAGUUGUGUGGUUUAAAUUUAAAUUAUCGUAUUUUGAAAAGCAUUUUUUUGUUUUUUUUGUUAAGGAAUUAAUUUAUAUACGGUAAGGCUACAGAAAUUUCUGUCUGCCAGACUCUUCAUAUAAAAUUUUAAGCAUUGGCAAUCGUAAUGAAGUAUAUCAGUAAUUCAGAAUGUCCAGUGAUUAUCAUGAGUUAUUCUUAUAAUUAAAAGAAAAAAAAUUUAAUUAAUUAUUCAAUAAUCAAAUGUGGAAUAUAUUUUUUCUUCUUUUUUUUUAAAGGCACUGGAAGUGGUUCAUUAUCACAUGCCAUGUUACGCACAGUGCUUCCUACAGGUCGCCUAUUAACAUUUGAAUUUCACAAGGAAAGAAGUGAGAAGGCUUUGGAGGAGUUCACUCAGCAUCAGCUGAAGGAAUUCGUUACUGUUACUCACAGAGAUGUUUGCGGUGAAGGAUUUCAACUUAACAAUGAAGUAGAUGCUGUAUUUCUUGAUCUGCCUAAACCCUGGGAGUGUAUAAAGAGUGCAAAAGAUGCAAUUAAGAAAGAAGGUAUACAUACUAAUAAUUAGACACUUAUUUUGGAACAGCCAUUGUAAAGAAAAGCACUGCUUGACAAAAUUCUACAGAAGUGGUUUGGGAUAGUUGUAAGGUGUUUGGAUAUAGAGGAGUGGCUUGGAGGUUUGGGAUAGUUGUAAGGUGUUUGGAUAUAGAGCAGAGGCUUGGAGAUUUAAGAUAGUUGUAAGGUGUUUGGAUAUAGAGGAGUGGCUUGGAGGUUUGGGAUAGUUGUAAGGUGUUUGGAUAUAGAGCAGUGGCUUUGAGGUUUGGGAUAGUUGUAAGGUGUUUGGAUGUAGAGCAGAGGGUUGGAGAUUUAAGAUAGUUGUAAGGUGUUUGGAUAUAGAGGAGUGGCUUGGAGGUUUGGGAUAGUUGUAAGGUGUUUGGAUAUAGAGCAGUGGCUUUGAGGUUUGAGAUAGUUGUAAGGUGUUUGGAUAUAGAGCAGAGGCUUGGAGGUUAUGGAUAGUUUAAGGUGUUUGGAUAUAGAGCCGAGGCUUUGAGGUUAUGGAUAGUUGUAAGGUGUUUGGAUAUAGAGCAGAGGCUUGGAGAUUUAAGAUAGUUGUAAGGUGUUUGGAUAUAGAGGAGUGGCUUGGAGGUUUGGGAUAGUUGUAAGGUGUUUGGAUAUAGUGCAGUGGCUUUAAGUGUUUGGGAUAUUUGUAAAAUGUUUGGAUAUAGAGCAGAGGCUUGGAGGUUAUGGAUAGUUGUAAGGUGUUUGGAUAUAGAGCAGAGGCUUGGAGGUUAUGGAUAGUUGUAAGGUGUUUUGGAUAUAGAGCAGUGGCUUGGAGGUUUGCCCCUUCCCCUUUUUUAAGGAUUUGUAUGCAUAAAAUUAAUUUAGCUAUUGCAUAUUUCUAGAAUUUUUCGUUUUAUAUAAAGUUAAUGCUAAAAUAGUCAUAAAGAAAUACAUUGGAACCCAGUUCAGGGUGUUGAAGGUGUUGGAUUUUUAAAAACCUUGUUGAGCAUGCCAUGAAAAAUUUUAAAAUUUUACUUAGCUCUCUCCUUUUAUUUUAUCUUUAUAUACAAGUAUAAGAUGACUAAAAAUUUUAAUUCAUGAGAGAGCACGGAGAGCUCCCCCACUGCUCAGACCACUCUGCUACUUUGGCUCAGUAGUCUUCAGCACCCUCAGGUUAUUGAUCUUACCAGCCUCAACACUUUUUACCAGCACUUCCAUUUUUUUCUUAAAAUACGCUAACUUUCGUUUUCUUAAUGUUUGCACUUGUUCAUAUGACAAAAAUAAUUUCAUGUUUCCGUUGGAGACGUUUAGUAUCGUUUACUUAAUGUAUGCACUUGUAAUGCAAAAAUGAGUUUUUUCCAAUGGUGCUGAGAAUUCCGGGCAGACAGUUGGAAAGAAAGACUUGUCGGGGCUUUUCUUAAUCUUAUAUAAGAAAAUUAUAAUUAUUAAAUGGCUCAGUUAAUAGAAUUGUUAAUUUAUUUAAUCUUAUACAUUUUGAAAAAAAUUGCUUUCAUUCAUAGGAGGGAGAUUAUGCACAUUUUCUCCUUGCAUUGAGCAAGUACAACGAAGCUGUGAUGAACUUGUCAAAAAUGGAUUCACCGACAUUACCACUGUUGAAUGUCUAGCUAGAAACUUUAAUAUCCAAAAAGCUAAGCUCCAGAAUAUCAACCUUGAUGAUGGUGCAGGAGAUACUUUUUCUAUUGAGAAUGAAAACUCAGGAGAGAGUAACCCUAAAGUAAUGAAGAUGGAGAACACAAAUCUGGACUCAAAACAAGAUAAAAAGAGAGAUAACAACAGCAUUCACUGUUUUUCUGCUGCUGUUCCUGUCAUAGGAAUGCAGGGGCAUACUGGUUUUUUAACAUUUGCUUCAAUAUACUCACAAUGAUAACCACGUCAAAAUUUAUAUUUUAUGUUAAUGUUAAUUUUCUUUAUCAUUAAAAUAAAAUUGCUCAAAAUUAAU